GUUUUCAGUGGAGAAAUCAGUCGAGAAGUUCCUGAGUUCCAGACAGUUCCAGCUAAAUCAAUCCAGCCUAAAGAUGAAAUUCUUCAUUGUAUUCACCGUAGCUGUUGCCUUUGCUGCCAUCACCGCUGCUGCCCCAUCUUCAGUGGAGGAAGUCUCAGCUGAAGAAACAGCCCUGUCUUCUGCCGAAGCCUAUGCCGAUGAUGUCGUGAGGGCCAAGAAAUCCACAUAUGGAGGACACGGACACGGUGGACACGGUUACGGACACGAAUCUCACGGAUACGGCCACGGAGGACACGGUGGACAUGGUGGACACGGAUACGGUCACGGAUACGCCCAUGCUGGACCAGCUAAGAGCUACUCAUACGGCUCCCCUGCCCCCCAUGUGCCAUGCGGACACAACCUGCUUCUGGGAUGCCACCCCAAUGUCGCUCCAGUUCCCUGCCACCCCCACAGUUAUGGUCAUGGUGGACACGGCUAUGGACACCACGGUUACUAAAUCAUUCAAUAGUUGACUCUCUCCCGUUGCCGAUGCUGAGGAAAGCUGAUGAAAUGACUCGAUAGUGUAAUAGAAAAUUUUUGAUCUUGCAAUAAAUUGUUAAUAUACUUUUUAAA